UCCCCCUCUCCCUCUCCCAACUUGUACAAAUACAAGUACAGCCAUUUUUCAAAGAUCUCUCUUAGAAGAGUAAAGAUCUAAGCGCUAUUGAAUCAAUUCUCUCCGAAAAAGUCUAUAACUUGACUACACUUUUACAAAGUUGGGCUCGUGUUCUCCCCAUUGUUAAACAAACAUUAGAGAUCAUCGCCAAAUUUUUCCCUUUUUAGUUGAAAUUUUGAAGAUACUCUUGUUCUCCAUCUAUCUCAUCAAAUACGCUGCUUCCAAGAAUCUUUUUUUGUUUUCAUCUACAAAAUCUUGAGUUUAUAUUUUGACGAAAACCCAGUAUAAGUUCCCACAUUUAUCCUCACAGGAGUUAGUUAUUUAACUGUUUCUUGGAUUUAUGUUAAGGGGUUCUUCCCAUCUUUUUUGUUUGGCUAAUUGUUUUUUUUCAGCUCUAGAGUCUCACUGGAGUUUUAACUUGAGUGUAUUUUGGCUAAUUAUUUCUUGGUUUUUCUUAAAUUGACUGUUUAUUUUCUUCUGCAAUUGUUUUGAUCCAACCCCGAAAAAAGAAGGGAUCUUUUGCUUAACGCUUUGCUUGGAAGUCAAUCUUUGUGGUUGUCAUCUGAUCUACGCUUUGCUUAGUGAUUCUAUUUAGUUGUUGUUUGAUGCUUGGCUGCUGAAAUAUGCAGGCUGAUCAGCGGAAAAAGGCAUCUAUAGAUGUAGAUUUCUUUACAGAAUAUGGUGAGGGUAGCAGAUACAAGAUAGAGGAAGUGAUUGGUAAGGGUAGUUAUGGUGUUGUAUGCUCUGCUUAUGAUACACAUCUUGGAGAAAAAGUUGCAAUAAAAAAGAUAAAUGACAUCUUUGAGCAUGUCUCCGAUGCCACACGUAUCCUUCGUGAGAUAAAGCUUCUUAGGCUUCUUCGUCAUCCGGAUAUUGUUGAAAUUAAACAUAUCUUGCUACCUCCAUCUAGAAGGGAAUUCAAAGACAUAUAUGUGGUAUUUGAACUUAUGGAAUCUGAUCUACAUCAGGUCAUCAAGGCAAAUGAUGAUCUGACGCCAGAACAUUACCAAUUCUUCCUAUACCAACUUCUUCGGGGCUUGAAGUAUAUACACACAGCUAAUGUCUUCCAUCGUGAUUUGAAACCUAAGAACAUCUUAGCUAAUGCUGACUGUAAGCUCAAGAUAUGUGACUUUGGUCUAGCUAGAGUGGCAUUCAAUGAUACUCCUACUGCGAUAUUCUGGACAGAUUAUGUUGCAACAAGAUGGUAUAGAGCUCCUGAAUUGUGUGGAUCCUUCUUCUCCAAGUACACGCCGGCUAUUGAUAUAUGGAGCAUCGGUUGCAUAUUUGCAGAACUUUUGACUGGAAAACCUUUAUUUCCAGGAAAAAAUGUAGUUCAUCAAUUGGACCUGAUGACUGAUCUACUCGGAACACCAUCUUCUGAAGCCAUUGCUAGGAUAAGAAAUGAAAAGGCCAGGAGAUACUUAAGUAGCAUGAGAAAGAAAAAACCUGUUCCUUUCUCCCAUAAGUUCCCAAAUGCAGACCCCCUUGCUCUUCGUUUGUUGGAAAGGAUGCUUGCUUUUGAUCCCAAAGAUCGGCCUAAUGCAGAAGAGGCUCUUGCAGAUCCAUAUUUCAGGAACUUGGCCAAAGUUGAGAGAGAACCUUCAGCUCAGCCUGUCUCAAAAAUGGAAUUUGAAUUUGAAAGACGUAGAAUAACAAAAGAAGAUGUAAGAGAAUUAAUUUACCGGGAGAUUCUUGAAUAUCAUCCGAAGAUGUUGAAAGAGUAUUUAGAGGGAACAGAACCAACAAACUUCAUGUAUCCGAGUGCUGUUGAUAAAUUCAAGAAGCAAUUUGCUUAUCUUGAGGAGCGCUAUGGGAAUGGUGGAGCUGCUGCUCCGCCUGAAAGGCAGCAAGCUUCAUCCUUACCAAGGCCCUGUGUUUUGUACUCGGAUAACUCAACACAGAAUGCAGCAGAAGUUGCAAAUGAUCUCUCGAAAUUCUGCAUAAAAGAAGUUGAGAAGUCAAAUACAGACAGAAUUUCUGGGAUCCCUAUGUCAAGACUUCCUUUGCAAGUGCCUCCGAGCAUUCAAGCAGGUGCUGCUAGACCUGGGAAAGUUGUUGGUUCAGUGUUGCGUUACAACAAUUGUGGGGCUGCAGCAGCAGCUGCAGAGGCUAUUGAGCAGCGAAGAAUGGCUAGGAAUUCUGCCGUUCCAAAUCAAUAUGGUGUUUCUGCCUCUUCAUAUCCUAAGAGGCAUCCAUCCUAUAAAAGUGAUAAAGAAGAAAGUAUUGAAGGACCUAACCCGUUGCAGCCUAAACCUGAGCAGUAUAUGGCGAGGAAAGUAGCUGCUGCUCAAGUUGGAUCUGGAAGUCAGUGGUAUUGAUCUUCACAUGAACUUUGGCAGACUGUUACUUCCCAGAUUAAGCAAGCGCUUUGAUGGAUGAUCCAUCUUGAUAUACCAUGACUGCUCUAUAUGAUUUGUGGUUUGUUGUAUAAUUGGGACAGGGUGAUUUGACAGAACUAGAAGCGCUCUUGAGAAGUUGAGAGUGUGUAACUCUUACAUCGUCCAUAUGUGGUAAAGACUACUUUCUUUUAACAGCACUGAUUUUGGGUGUAAAGAGGCAGGCAUUUACUCGUUUCUACAACUGCUAUUCUGAUGAAGAGGGCAUGUGGAUGUUCGAACGAGAGCAAUCUCCUUUCACUAAUUGUUCUGUUCUUUUUCCUUAGUGAUAUCAGUUGUAAACUCCUUACAUGAUCUGUUACAUCAGGACUACUGGUUUUGUGUCAAUGAACCAUUCUGUACUAAGAAAUAGGUCUGUUUGGCCAACCCCAUUUGGUAUACAAGCCAAAAGUAGAGUAGCAAGAACUUUUACUUCUGCA